UGAAGCAUGUUCCCCAUAAUACAUAAAAAUAACUAUGUUAAAACAAAGUAUUUAUAACGAUAUAAGAACAACGUUGAUUAUUGAAAAAUUGUUAUUAUUUACAAGUGUUAAAAAUGUUUAUUCUGGCGUUUUUGAAUUUGAAUGGGGAUGGAAUAUUUUUUUUCUAAUAAUUAUGCACUUGUUGUUUUUAUGCAUUUUGAUUAUUGAUAAUAUAUUUAACACAUCAAUUAGUUUGAUGUAUGGCAAAUUUAAUUUAACUAUGAAAGGAUGUCUUCAUUUAAUUACGACAAUAUAUGCUGAUCGAACAACACCGCAAAUCAUUAAUAAAAUUCAUAAAUUUGACAAACAAUACAAGUCUCAAUUUCAGUUUAAAAUUAAUUCUCGAAGCAUAAUUUAUGUUUAUUUACUACUCAUUUUUACCAUGAUAAUUUUCAGCAUUAUAGAUUUGAUUUAUAAUGGAAUAUCAUUAAGCAACAUCAUUAAUACUUUUUUAAGGCAUUGGAAUACUUUAUUUCCACUUAUGUACUUGAUACUUUGCAAUGAACUACGUUGGAGAUUUAAAAUGUUGAAUAUACGAUGGAAAAAUGAAAUAUCCAACAUGGAUACUAUUAAACUUCAGAGUAUGGCAAAAUCAAUAGAAUUUGAACGUUUAGCACACGCUCACCUUUGUGAAAUAGUUGAAGAUCUAAGUACUGCCUUUGGACCUCGCCUUGUUAUAUAUUUCUUUUUUUUGUUUUAUGAUCAUUUGAUACGUUUUUUCUUGUACACGUAUUUGAUUCCAUAUAUAAAUGUUGAUGAACUAUCUAAAAAUCCUGGACACUACUUUUAUGAAUUGUUGAUAUUUUUUUUGUACAAUUGGACAGGACUAUACCUAAUUGCCUUACUUUCUGAUAAAUUAACACUGACAAGUAAAAAAAUGUUGGUUUAUUUGAGAAGUAUACCAGUAUGGAAAAUGCCAAAAAAUUGUGUUGAUCAGAUAAAUUUUUUUACGUGUCAAAUACAAAAUUCGAAUACUAAAAUUACGGCAUCUAAGCUUUUUACAGUAAAAAAUUCUAUUAUAUCAUCAAUUUUCAUGGCAUUGGUCACAUAUAUUAUUGCAUUGAUACAACUAUCACAAGAUAUAAAAAAAUCAUUAAUUAAAAUAAAAUAUUUGGAUAACUAAAUGUUGUUGUUCCAAUGAAACUCAUUGGUUAAUACAAAUA